ACGAGACGACGACGACGACCGGCCUCCACCGCAAAGCCGAACCGCUAAAGCGGAGAGGGAGGCCGACCAUUAUAACCCACACAAAUUCCCCACCGAGAGCAGGAGACCAACCCCGAGCACACACACACAAAAGGAGAGGCGGAGGAAGACGAGCGAGCUUUUCUUGCUUUCGGUGCCAUGGCGAGGUGGACGGUGGAGCCGUGCGGGCUGCUGCUGCUGGCGGCGCUGGUGAUGGUUGCGGUGGCGGACGACGGCGGCGAGAAGUGCACGGGCGGGUGCGGGAACCCGUGCGGCAUCCCGUGCACAUACUCCAGCCCGCCGCCGCCGGAGCCCGUGCUGCCCCCGCCCGUCUACUACCCGCCGCCGGCGCCCGUGUACUCCCCGCCCCCGCCCGAGGCCGUCUACCCGCCGCCCACGCCCACGGCCGACUGCCCCCCGCCUCCCACCGAGCCGUCGCCGGGGUACACGCCCGCGCCAUACACCCCGACGCCGUCCGGGGGUGGGUACAACCCGGCGCCGUCCGGGGGCGGGUACAACCCGACGCCGUCCGGGUGGUUCACGCCGCCCAACAUGCCGUCCUACCUCACCCCGCCGGGGCCGCUCUACCCGCAGGACCCCGGCUUCCGGCCCAACGCCGCGCCGGGCAUCCCGGCGGCGUGGCGCGCGGCCGCGAUCGCGGCCGUGGCGGUCGCCGGAGCACUGGCCUUGUGAUCGGUCGUCACAGGAGCAAGGCACACGCGUAUCCGUCCGGGGCAUGGAGCUACCUGCUGCACCGGCCUGUCGGUCCAUGGAGCCGGCCGCCGUGGUCACCAUGGCGAUCAAAAGCGCGCGGGCAUGCGUACGUUUCAAUUGGAUUCCGUUGAUUCCGUGUUCAUAAUAAUAAGUAAGUUUAUACGUAUUAGGGUCGCGACGCCGGCGGUAAUAAUUUUUUCUUUUCGUUGAUUUCUCAUUCGUGCUGUGUUCAUGUCCUCCAUGUGGUUCAUCGAUCGUUCUUGCCGUGCAUAUGCAUGUACUUACUUACGUUGUGUUUUUUUUACUUUGGUCAAUCGUAGGAAAGGAAGCAAAAAAUUGUUCAUCGAUCA